CAUUGAAUUACCAAGAUGUCGCUUUCUAAUAAGCUGAUUCUGGACAAGCUGAAUGUGAAGGCGAAGUGGGUCAUCAUGAGAGUGGACUUCAAUGUUCCAACGAAGAACAACCAGAUAACAAACAACCAGAGAAUCAAGGCUGCCAUCCCACGCAUCAAAUUCUGCUUGGACAAUGGAGCUAAGUCAGUUGUUCUUAUGAGCCAUAUGGGCCGGCCUGAUGGUGCCCCCACACCUGACAAGUACUCUUUGGAGCCAGUUGCUGUAGAACUCAAAUCUCUGCUUGGCAAGGAUGUUUUAUUCUUAAAGGACUGUGUGGGCCCAGAAGUGGAGAAAGCUUGUGCUGACCCAGCUGCUGGGUCUGUCAUCCUGUUGGAGAGCCUCUGCUUUCAUGUGGAGGAAGAGGGGAAGGGAAAAGAUGCUUCUGGGAAUAAGGUUAAAGCUGAGCCAGCCAAAAUAGAAGCCUUCCAAGCUUCACUUUCCAAGCUAGGAGAUGUCUAUGUCAAUGAUGCUUUCGGCACUGCUCACCGAGCCCACAGCUCCAUGGUGGGAGUCAAUCUGCCACAGAAGGCUGGAGCUUUCUUGAUGAAGAAGGAGCUGAACUACUUUGCCAAGGCCUUGGAGAGCCCAGAGCGACCCUUCCUGGCCAUCCUGGGCGGAGCUAAAGUUGUAGACAAUAUCCAGCUGAUCAAUAAUAUGCUGGACAAAGUCAAUGAGAUGAUUAUUGGUGGUGGAAUGGCUUUUACCUUCUUCCUUAAGGUGCUCAACAACAUGGAGAUUGGCACUUCUGAUGAAGAGGAAGCCAAGAUCGUCAAAGAUAUGAUGUCCAAAGCUGAGAAGAAUGGUGUGGAAAUUACCUUGCCUGUUGACUUUGUCACUGCUGAAAAGUUUGAUGAGAAUGCCAAGACAGGGCAAGCCACUGUGGCCUCUGGCAUAACUGCUGGCUACAUGGGCUUGGAUUGUGGUCCUGAGAGCAGCAAGAAGUAUGCUGAGGCAGUCGCUCGGGCUAAGCAGAUUCUGUGGAAUGGCCCUGUGGGCGUAUUUGAAUGGGAAGCUUUUGCCCAAGGAACCAAAGCCCUCAUGGAUGUGGUGGUGAAAGCCACUUCCAGGGGCUGCAUCACCAUCAUAGGUGGUGGAGACACUGCCACUUGCUGUGCCAAAUGGAACACAGAGGAUAAAGUCAGCCAUGUGAGCCCCGGGGGUGGUGCCAGUUUAGAGCUCCUGGAAGGUAAAAUCCUUCCUGGGGUGGAUGCUUUCAGCAGUGUUUAGUACUUUCCUGCCUUUUGGUUCCUGUGCACAACCCCUAAGUCAACUUAGCACCUGUUGCAUCUCUACUUGGCAUUAGCUAAAAUCUUCCCCCAUGUCAAGAUUCAGCUAGUGGCUAAGAGAUGUAAUGCCAGGAACCCUUAAAACAGUUGCACGGUAUCUCAGCUCUUCUUUAUC